UUCAACUGAGUCGAACCAGUGAAACAUGGCGGUAGGGCCAUCUUCGCUAGUGAACUCUUUAGGUCCGCAUGCUUUGAACUGCUUGAAGCUGAAAGCAGUCUUGCUUGAGUCCUUAGGGAUGUCAGCUCGGGAUUCUUCAGACGAUUUGCUAACAUUUUCAUACACCUCACUCACAGCUUUCGCCACUUGUUUGGAGAUGAUAGCAGCGAGACGCUUGUCUCUCUUUUCCUGGCGAGUCAGAUGGUGUCGGGAUCCAGACGACGACAUGGUCUGCAACAGACAUCGUCACAGGAGUCAACACAACGUAAUCGAAUUCUCACCUCACACGUCUAGACUACUGAAGCUCAGGAACACAAGUAAGACACGAAUCACAUAACCACAUAGGCACGAAAUCCACAUAACCAAAGAAGCACAUAAUCAAGUAGGGCACAGAUUCACAGAAACACGUAAAUACAUACACAUUAAUCACAGAGGCAGUCAGAAUACAGAAACCUAUCCUUCCAAGCUCGCGUGUCGUUGUAUAUCGAUCGCGUAUAGCAUAUAUCGAGUAGCAUAGUAUAAUAUAGCCUAACUUAGUCGUAUAGCAUAACAUAGCAUAAUAUUGUCUAGAUUGCAACAUCUGGAUAUCGAAUUGAGAUAGAAUAACAAUGCGAGUCGUGUGUGUUGAUCGAAAUGAUAGCAAAAAUUGAAUAACUUCCAAAAACAUAAACACGUAAAUGGAUAAAGCACACUUAAACACAUAAAAUUAACGAGUCAUCAGAGUACACGGUUGCGGUUCUCAGAAUCGAAACACAUAAAAUCGAGAGAUAGGUUGUCUGCGGCUACUAGACAUCGACUAUCCAAAGCAAUUCGACUAUUCACAGUAGACUUGUCGUCACUUUCGGCUCUAGGGGUCGUGCUUCUGCCUCGUUUCUUGGGCAUUCCACACGCAUUCCCUAGAUUAUACUCGUGAGUUCAGGUCGUUGGAGUCCGUCGAAGCUUUGGUGAGAUGAAAUAAGGUUUGGAACAAGUUGUCAAGGUUAGGGUUUCACCCCUGGCUUAGAAACUUUUUCCUUGUUUCAGUAAAAUUGGGGAGAUUAUUCGUCAAAAUGUGGAUUUCACUCCAGAUUUGGCAUAAUUCUCUUCGUUUAUUAUGAGAAAAUCAUUUGGCAACCUGAUAAAAUCAGCAUUAUCCAAGUAAUUUAGUCGGGAGUUUGCGGUUUUCACACCUAAUCCUGACUGAAUCGCUUGGCUUUAUUUGAAAAUUCAAGUGCAGUGAUAGCGAAGAAUAACAUGUUAUAGCACAUAAACUUGGUCUGUUGGUUCCUAACUAUAGUCUAGGUCUCUAAGACAGCGACCCGGACUAGGUCGUGUCUAACCUAAUUCCCUAUAGUUAUGGCUCUGAUACCAAUCUGUCACACCCCAACCGAUGGCGGAAUCAUCGGGGCAUGGCACUGAGCGAAACAGAUUGUCCAGAAGUUUCCAUAACAACUAUUCAUAUAAUCCAGUUAAAGAUACGUCCCAUACCGUAUCCCGAACAAACAAAUUCAUUAUUAUAGAUAACAUCCAAGCAAGUAAAUUCUGUUCCGACAACUCAGAUUUAAACAUAACAAAACUAAAUAUUGUUCAAAUGCUCCUAAAGACCCAGACUGACAAGAUCUACAUAUAACUAAACAUUAAAUAUUUGAUCUUGACAGACAACUAUUUGUUGGGGGCCUCUAGAGCUUAUUCCUAGCCUCGCUUUCCUAGCAAACAAACAUCUUAAACACCUGUCACAUACGUUAAAAUAAAGUCAAUACAUAUAAUGUAAAGGUGAGCAUACAAGUUUGAUAAUAGCAUAUAGAGUUCGAAUAGUUUACGCAUAACCAGCACGUACACAGAGGAAAACGAAGCAUGUUAAUUAUCGACAUGGAUCUAUCGAUACCAACGACUGCGGGUUGACUGUCCGAGACAGUUCGCAAUACACGAUUACCACCGUAAUCCAUGCAAGUAAUUGUGCUUAACAACCCCCGUGUGAACGGGUGCUGAGUCCAAACUAUAGUACUAUGUUGCUAAGGCAGGUAGACAACAUUCCACGUGUAAACAUAACAACAAGCAUUCAUUUAGUCACGUAAUACAUGCAAUCGGUUAGCGUUCAAAUAGUUGAGUAGUGUGUUCGAUUGUGAUUUGAUAAAUAACGUAUGUAACACCCAAAGUGCUGAAAGCACAAAGGGUUCGAGUAUACUCACAAUGAUUGAUUAUGGAUUGAAGGGAGCGCUUGAAAGUAGGGUUAGCCUGAAUAGUUUGAUAGGUUAACGAUGAAUGACGCGGAAAUGCAAACAAGUGUAAAUGGGUCGAACAGUCUGGUCGAUCGAACAGCAGGUUCGAUCGAACAGCCCAACCGUUCGGUUGGUCCAACCGUUCGGGUAGUCUGCUCGAUCGGCCGGGAGGCUCGACCGAUUGGACAGUUCAAGUGGAUUGUUUCUUCCUUUGAGAAGGAUGUGUUUGUGUAUGAUGGUUUGAACUUUUUGAAGUUUUUGCGGCAUUAUUUAAAAUCGUUGAAGUGUUCUUACCUUUCAGGUCGGUCGAUCGGUCGAUCGAACGGGUCAUUCGAUCGGUCGGCUUAACCGUUCGGUUAGUCACUUCAGUUGCAAGGCCUUAGUAGAUAGUCACUCAAUCGGACAACAUGUCCGAUCGAACAACAUUCCAAGGCUUGACAAGUUUGAAAACGAUUAAGUGUUGAAGCAUAGUAUCUCAUGAUCCGAAGAGUAAUGUUUACCAAACACAAGUUCGAUCGAACAUCACUUCGUUCAAUACCAGGCUUCAUGAAUCUGAAAAUGUGGGACCAUGUGCUAGCCGAUCGGCUGGCCCGGUCGAUCGGCUGGUAGGUCCGAUCGGAUAGGUUGUUCGUUCGGACAGCCUAGCCGUUCGGCCAACAUUCUGACCUGGUUGGCAUGUCGUCUAACACUUGGCUGUUUUUGUUAUUUGACGUUAUACCGAGAUAGUUUUGACAACGAGUUGAACCAUGGAACUUUCGUUCUUACUGGUUUCCCCUGUUUGGACAGGAAUCACCCAAGUCCGGCAUGUGAACUGUUCGGAACGGUAGUUUGGCGUUUAACCCGAAAUCGGUGAACCUCGUGGUUAGAAUCCGAAUCUUGAACCACGUGAUUGCUGGAAUGAUUAGUGAGCUGAUUCAAGCUCCGUUUCUACCGGUUUAAAGGUGUUGAGUGUAAAAGAGUUGAAAGAAAGUCAGAAAUUCGUCUUUCAAUCUUUCACACCGUGAAAUGUUUAGAUCUAUGAUAGAUUUUAGUUUAUUUAUGUGGAAAUCGGUUAGAUCUAAGCUAUUCAUGGUUAAAUGAGGCCAAAACAUGAUGUUCUUCAAGAACACCAUGAUGACAUCACCCAAGAACACUUAGAUCUUGGUGAUUUCACGGUUAGAAAUCAAGUUUUGAAAGAUAGAAAGGUGUAGAAUCGUGCAUUGAUCAAGAACGUACAAGAAUUAGAGUGAAAACUUACCGGAGUUGAGAGAAAUUUGAGAAAAGGUGAAGAACAAGAGCUGGUCGGUCAGAGCUUUCCAAAAGUGGUAAAGAUGACAAUGACAGGGCUAUUUAUAGACUUCCCAAAGGGGAAAGUCCUAGCCGAUCGGACGGAUAUCCUGACCGAACGGCCUGCUCGAUCGAACAGCAUGUUCGAUCGGCUGGGCUGUUCGAUCAGCAUGUCCCUGUUCGAUCAGUAGCCUGUUUUGAGUGUUUCGCGACGAUUUCUGAUAUUUCGAUUUCGAUGGAGGAUGAUACGAAUACGAUAGAGUUUCCUAGUCAAAUUACUUUCAGUCCCAACUACUAUAUCUAAUAUAAGCAUCUAUAAUUCACGUUUCGAUGUCGAUUUCGAUUGAGUUCGAUUGCUUUUCGAGUUUAGAUUCGAUUCGAUUGAUUACCACACAUAACAACGUAAAGUAAACACGCACAAAUAUCACAUAAGGCACACACACACGUAUAACAACACCAAAGUUCGCAUAAUUCGAGUUUCGAGUUCGAUGAUGGUUUGAUUAGCUUGAUUAUUGAUUGAUUAACUUUAUCGCAUUGUUACUUCCUGCUAUUCAAGGUCGAUAAUCGGUUCGCAUAGAUAAAUAUUCGAUUCACUUUAAUUAAAUAACACAUACUCCACAUAAUACAAUAAUUAAGAUAGACUAAUUACAGUCAAAGGUCAACUUUGACUUUGACUUUGACAUUCGAAAACACGGGGUGUUACAAGAGAAAUACAUAUGUUGUAAUUAGUCCAUCUGUUUUUUCAUUAAAAGAACAAUGUGAGGUUUAUAAGUAUUACAACAUACAUUGAUGAUAUCAUUAUAUCUUUUGAAAAGAUAAAAAGUAAGCUCAAUUAUUAAAGUAAGGAUUGCAAAUUAAAGAUGGUAAUGCAACUUUAUGGCUUGAUAUGUAGAACAAGAAUUUGUAUAAUUAUUCAUCAAUCAUAAUCUAGAAGAUGUUGGACAUUUUUGUACGGGUAAAGCUUAUGCUAUAAGUACAUAUAAUGUUGUCUAGUUAGUAGAUAUUGACAAUGACUCUUAUAUCAAAGAAGCAAAAAUCAUUGGUCCAAUACAAGGCCGUCUUUGAAAUUCUUCGAAAAUCUGUGGGCCUUGUGCGAAGAUAAAAUACGGGCCCCAAAAAUAUAAACUUUUUAUAAAAGAAUAUACAAAAAAAUUUAAAUAUAUGAAAAUGAAUUCAAAUUUUGUGGAAUCACACGCGCAUUUGGACAACGAAAUGUAGAAAGAAAACACGUUGUGAGGGUAAAUUAAGAAAAUACAGAAUAGUUACGUCGUAACUUUAAAAAUCGUUAUUUACGAUCAUGUAACGUAUCCAAAUUUAUUUAGAAAAUACACGGUGAAAAAGAAAAAAAAAGACUUUUUUCAUAAAGAAUGGAACACACAAAACUAAUUGUAGAUUGAAUAAUAUUUUAAGAAAUUAACAUAAAUAAUCAUUUUUAAACUAGAUUUUCCCAUUUUGAUUUAAGGUAACACAAAAUUGAACACUUCAUGUCAUUUGCAUUUAAUGCAUAGGUAUCAAACAUAAAGAAAAAAAUCAAUUAAAGAUAAGAAAAAAAAUCAACUAAAAAUGAAGCUAUGAUUCCCUUAAUGAAGAAGAAGUACCUGUAAUAACUGUUCCUUCUUCCUCUGCGCCCACUUCCAAACCUCCCAAGGAUGAUGUUCAGGAAAAUCCAGUAAAUGUUGAACAAAAGGCUUUGUUUUGCAUGAUGUGGAAGAAGAAACUCCUAUCCGCCCGGAUGAGACUCCGGGGGAUUACUUUUAUAGAACUUAUUCGGAGAAAAGAGCUUCUGCCACCCAUGCGUCGGUAUGGAAGUUGAAGCAAGGAGAUGCUUUUUCUGACUGGCAAGUUUGCCGGGAAUAGUUUCAAGGUGCCUUUCCCCCCAGCAGAAAUUAAGUUCCAAGAAGAGCAAAUGCACGAACGUAUUUACCAUGCCUACCUUCAAAUGACUGCCAGCUCGACUUCAACUACUCACCGAAUAGUACGCGAGUGGCGCAGUAUGCACAAAGAGUGGGAUGCUAUGGAAGCUUCCAAGAAGGAGAUUGUUGAAGAGAAGGUAAAGGUUGCUGCUCUGAUGACUAAGUUUGAAGCUGAUAAAGCUAAGUUCGAAGGUGAGCAGUAGACAGAGGAGUGGUCAGCUAUGAGCUGGAAAAAGAAAGCUGAAGCUGAAGCUACCCUCCUUUCGGAAGAGCGCAAACGAUGGAGAGAGAUCUGUGAGAAAGAUAAUAGCGAAAAGAUAGUUCUUCGAAAUAAUGUGAACAAUCUCAAAACGGAGAUUGAAAAGUUGAAGAAAGAAAAGACGGAAGCGGAGGCUGCUCGUGACGAGGCCCGGUCUCACAGAGAAAGAAGUGAGCAAAGAGAGGAACAAACCAAGGCAGAACUUGAGUCUGCCAAGAAAGAUUUGCAACUUGUAAGAGUUGAAAACGCUGAAGCUAUGCGCCGCCUCACCGAGACCGAAGAAAAACUUGAAAAUUCUAAGACUGCCAGAGUGACGGCGGAAAGCUUAGUUGAGCCUUUGAACAAUAAUAUCUUGUGGAUGCAACACCAUGGGAUCAUAAAUGUUGCAAAUUCCAUUCUGAACUCAAUUGAUUUGGAUCAAAUUGUUGCUAACCUGAUGGUGACUGCGCGCCACGACAGUUAUGCGUAGGGAUAUGCGGAAUGUACUCAGCAUGUCACCAAUACCUUGAGAGUUGAUUGGGAUACCAGCAAGUCUGCCACCCGCGGGGUCGACACCGGUGCUGCUCAUGCAGCUACCAAAGAAGAAUAUAAUAACUUGCGCCUCCCGGUGAUGGAUUUAGUGACUACUGCGCUUCAGUCUGAGAACUUUGUGGAUCAGUUGAAGGAAAUAUUCCCUGGUGAAGCGGAUGCUUCGGAUGAAGAAGACCUAGAUUAGGUCGUUGUAACUUGUGGAAGUUGUUUUGUUGUUUGAACAUGUCUGGGAUGUUGGAUCCCUUUUUGUAAUGUUUGUUAAUGCGAUGGUGUGCAAGUAACUUUUUUGUUAAUAUAUGAUAUUUUUAGUUACAA